UCAAACAUAACUAUAAUACACAAGUGACAACUGACUAGUCGGUUAGGACUUAUGAGUGGGACUGUUGGGAACAUUAAGACAUUUUAAAUUUUUGAUUUACUAGUUGUGAGUUUGUGACUUAUAUAGUUAAUACUUUGCUUACAUUUUACUUUAGUAUACUUGUUUAAGUUUAUGUAAUGUGCCGUUGUGUGUGAACAUUUAAAAUGUUCAUUGUUUAAUAAAAUCUUUACUUGGCUUUAUUACUUAUUUUUCUUUUUCAUAUAAAUGUCUGAUCCUUCAGAUUUUGAAAGUAUCAUUUCAGACAUAGUUAUUUCGCCUUGUAGUAUUGACAGUCUCGAUGACGAAAAUGCAACAGUGAAUGAUGAUAAUCCAUUAUCGACAAUAUCUCAAACCAACAAUAUAAUAGUAAACACGAUGAACGAUGAUGGUACGACCACCUAUGAUCCAUCUCAACAUGAAGUGUCACUCACGGAUAGCGAUCACAGUCUGCUGGAAGUACCAAAACAAUUGAAUGCCUCUUCUCCUUCCAGUGUCUGCUCAACAAGACCACUGGAAUGGGAUAGUGGAGCCGAUGUGGGGUACGAUAUUACAUCUAAACACCAGAGUCAAGAUAUGAGCACAAUUGAAAGAAUUGCAGUUAGUAGCCUAGUUUAUAACACUAAUUCAACCCCGAUUGGUUGUGAAAAUCAAAGAAUCCGUUCUAAAACAAAAAGUAAUUCAUUGGAUAAUCUGAACGAAAUAGAAUUAUCUAGAGGGAAAAAAUCUACUUCGUUAGAUGUAUUGAAAUUUACAGCUGAGAAGAGUGACACUCUACCGAAAUGCCGAUCACCUAUGGCUUCGUCACUUUCAGUGUCAACAGUAGUUCAUAAAUUAGAGUCUUUAAAAACAGAAUGUAUGAAUAAAUUAAUUGAAAAAAAUGUCAGUUUGAUUUUCAAUCAACAAGAAAAAAGGUUUGAGAAUUUAAGCGUUAACUCCAACAAAGAAAAAAAAUCGUCAGGGAGUAGUAAAGAAUCCAAUAGUACCUUGGGAAGUGCUGACACUGCUGAAUCUUGGGUAGGAAAAGAAUUUCACGAUUCAACAAAUAAUACUUCAGAUCGAGUAAAUAGCUUUGAAUAUUUACCAGGCAAUUCAUACUAUAAUACUAGAAAUGAUGAACAAGAUGACUACUCAGAUAAAGAAAUUAAACAAAGCACUAAGAUGUUGGUUGAGGCAAUGAAGCAGAAUGGUCUAACAAAUGAGUUUCAAAGAAAAGAGAUUUUUAAAGAAAUUAUCGAAAGUUUUGUAAAAAAAUGUGUCCAGAAAGAUAAAGAUAACAGUUCAUUAUUAAAAAGUCCAUCAGAUACUGAUCAAACUCCUAUCAGACAAGAUUUUACAUCUCAAACGUCUAAUACUGCUAAUACAAUUGUCAACAAUCCAUCAAAUAAUCAUUCCAGCACAAUUACAUUUACAUCACCAAUAACCUCUUCAAGGUAUGGUGAUGAUGUCGAUUCUAAAUAUGAUGAAUCCUCUAUGGACUCUGGGCGGCAUAUCAAUUUACAAAAGUGUAAAAUAAAAAAACUGUGCACUCUGACAAAUAAACAAAAGGAUCAAAGUGUGCAAUGCACAAUACAAGAUAAUUUAACCGAUGGAAGUAAAAAUGGCUCAAAACCUGUUGCGUCUACAAAAAAAAAUGAACACUUGGAAUCAAUUCGAAAAAACGAUACACAUAGUAAAUCAAAAUACAGUGAUGUUCAUAAGGAUUUUAAUAAACAAAUGAUUUGGUUUCAUACAAAUUACAUGAAAACUGAAAGAGAAAAUCAGAUGCUUUGGAUCAACAGUCAAAUAUCUCACUUAAAUAAUUUGAAAAAGCUUUUGAAUACCCAUGAAGAACUGAAAAAAAAUUGGAAUACAUAUAAACAGAAACAAUCAAAUAAUAAAACUAAGUUAAGGAGAAAAUUACCUACAUCAACUUCAAGUUCCGAUGUUACAACUUCAACUUACACAGAUUCAACUAUUUCUUCUAAACCGGUGUCAGUUACUUCGAGAUCUAAUGAAACUGAUGUUGAAUCUUCAGCUACAAUUUGUAACCAUGUGCAUUAUAAAAAAGGAAUUUUAGUAGAUGAACCUAACUCUUUGAAAAAAUGUUGUGAGACAACUCUUCAUGGCAUUAAAGAGAAGAAAAAUCAAAACACUAAUAAAUUUAAAACCACAUGGUCUCAAACUGAAUCAACUAAUGAGACAAAAUUAAAAAAUAUUAAAAAGGAUAAAUCUAAUUCUGGUGUUACUUAUGCAGUUGACAGCAAAUUAAAACCAAUCAGAGGUCAAAGUUCUAUAAGUUAUGAUAUAAUAUUUAAGCCUACCUCAAGAUGUUCAAAAGAAAUAGAUUUUGUUAAUGAUCAAUUAAAACAGCAGAAACAUUUGAUAUCAGUAGCAUGUCAAACAAAUAAAAUUCCAUUCAAGCCUAAAUCUAGUUUACAGGAAUAUUUAAUGACAAAUCGUCCUGAUUAUAUUUGCCGAGCAGAAGAAAGGCAAACUAUCUUAACUAAUUUAGCAAGUUUAAGAGAUGAGCGCAAACAAUUAAAAAAAGAUAUGCUGAUGACAAAUAAUUAUGAAAAUAAUCUUCCACCAAAUCCACUAGCUGUUAAGCGUGUAAUGAGCCAAAGCGAAAUGAGGAAACAGACUGAAAAUAAAUAUCGCAAGUGUCUAGAAGUCAAAAAUAAAAAGGUAGAAAUAAAACGAAAAGAGGAAUAUAAUACAAAUAAAAUCAUGGCAAACAUAUUCAACAAGAGACUUCAAAAAAAGACCUUAAAAGGAAAAGUGGAUCUAUCCAACAGCGUAAGUGUUUGCAGUUUGUAAAUAUUAAUAUUAUCUUAUAGCAAUUAUAAUUUUCUUUUGUAUCUUUUUAUUGAUCGUUUUUGAAAUAGACAAUUAUUUUUUGAAUGCAUUCUUGUUUUUAUGUUUUUAUAAUAAUUAAUUUAAUGAUAACAUAUUUAAAUAUUUUAUUAUAAUGUUUUGAACAAAUGACUAAAAGAUAUUAAAAAAAUGUAAUUAUUGAUGUAAAUCAGCUCUAUAGUCUAUACAAUUGCUAUCUAAUAUUUUAUUUUGCAUUUAAGUAAAUUUAUAUAAUAUAUUUAUUUGGUUAUUAUACAAGAUUUGGCUAAAGAAUUAAAAAUUUAAUGUAAAUUUAAAUUUUUUAGCAAUUUUUAACUAAGUUACAUAACAAAUUACUUUCUUCAAAAAGUAACUUCUAACUUUACAAAUUAAUAUUUAAUCCAUGAUAUGCAGUUACUAAUAAGUUAAUUAAAUUUACAGUUGCAUUGAAUAAUUUGUAUUCCUCAUCUAAGCUCCAUAUUUAAAAUAUAUUUUAUUUUGUACAAAUUAUUGUUUUAAUAAAAAAAAUAAUGAUAAAUAUUUAUAAGUAUUAUUUAAAGGUACCUAAUGUUAUUUGUAUUGCAAAUUCUGUAGAAAUACUUUUGAAUGUCCUACUACAAAUUAGAUUAUUGUAAUUAUGUACAACUUGAUAUAAAUUUCAAUAGAAAAUUAUAGUCUUACACAACUACUAGAGAUAAUUCGGUUUGACGUUUUAAGAGACUGGUGAGUGAUCAUUCAAAAAUAUUAACCUAAAUAAUUAAUAACUUCUGUUAGUAGGGACAUUGAUCAAAUGUAGGGACUAUCAUUGUAUAACCUUUAUGUUAUAUUAUUUUUAUAUGUUUUCAUUUUCAUUUUACUCUAUAUUUUUGUUCUUGUAUAGAUAUUUUCAUUAAUUCUUAUUACUGUACAUUAGCGGGGAUACUGGAUUGUAAAUAUUUGGUAUAAAAAAAUGCAACAAAUUAUUAUUUGUUUUAUUUAACUUUAAACUAAAGACUUAUCUUAAAUUUUCGAUACUAAGCGGAGGGAAAGAAUGUAUUCAUUUUACAAUUGUGUUUUUUUUCAACUUUUAGGGUAUUAAAAAUUCUCCAAUUUUC